GUAUCCCGGUAAAUCUGUAACCAUGUAACCCUGUCACAGAAAACCAUGAUGUCAGAGGGCCUGGAGCUGAAUGAUGACAUCAGCAUACUUCCUUUCCAUGAGGUGGAAACCCCCAGGGAAGAGGAUGCACACUGCCCCCUGCCAUUCAGGCUGCAGCUGAUUGAUGACCUGUCCUAUGAAGAUGUGAAGAAGUGUUACCGCGGCUCGACCGUCAGCAAAUACAACUCUCAGUACCACAAGCUCUUCCAGGCAGUUGCUAAAGAGGAGAUCCUGAUGAAAGUUUAUUCGUGUGCUUUGCUGCGGGACAUCCUGCUGCAGGGACGACUCUACAUCUCCAGGAACUGGCUGUGUUUCUAUGCAAACCUGUUUGGUAAAGACAUCAAGGUGUGCAUCCCAGUGGUGUCAGUUCGGCUGGUGAAGAAGCACAAGACUGCUGGGUUGGUGCCCAAUGGUUUGGCGAUCACUGUGGACACGGGCCAGAAGUACGUCUUUGUGUCCCUCCUGUCCAGAGACAGUGUCUAUGACGUCCUCAGGAGGAUCUGCACUCAUCUGCAGGUGGAUGGGAAGAGUCUGAGUCUGAAGCAGUUCCUGGAGGAGCCCAGCUCUCUGUCUAUGGACGAGUAUCCAGAGGUGCUGAAGUGGAGAAUGAAGCCGUCACUCCCUGAUGUCUCCUCGUCUCUUCCAGACCUGCUGGGAAAUUCCUCCGCUGGCCUCCCUGCUGACACGCCCUUUACCUCACACACACUCACUGGCAGCACUCUGGAAACAGAGAAGGUCGUGGUGCCAGAACCUGUUCCAGAACUGGCUCAUGUGGAGUACCAGCUGCUGAAAUUCUUCAUCCUGCUGGUCUUGGUCUUGGUCUUGUCUUCCUGUUACCUGGCCUUCAGAGUUUGUCGUUUGGAGCAGCAGCUCAGCUUCCUGAGCAGCCAGUCAGCGCUGAGAGACAGGUGCGGGGCGGUGCCGUGCUGGCUGGCCAAUCAGAAGACAGGAACCUGAUGCUGAAGCCAAUCAGGAAGUAAAAUUGAAAGCUGCAGUUGCAUAGAUAUCCCACCAGGGGUCAGCAGUGAAACAAGUCGCCUCUCAGGAUGAUGUCAGCACCACAGACCUUUGACCUUUGGCAAACAUAUAGAGCUGAAAGUAAAGAGGCGUGGCCA